AUGCCUGGAAGCAGCGGCGGGAUCCCGACAAGGAGCCGGAGGCGCGGGCCGGCGGUUUCGGCUGCAGUGACGGCUGGCCUGUUGCUGUCGCUGCUGCUCUGGGCCUCGGUCCACAGGGUGGAAGAGGGGCACUUGGCUGUCUACUACAGGGGAGGUGCACUGCUCUCUACCCUGAGUGGACCAGGCUAUCACAUCAUGCUGCCAAUUCUCACAACUUACAGAGCAGUACAGACGACAUUGCAGACCGAUGAAGUGAAAAAUGUGCCUUGUGGGACAAGUGGUGGUGUCAUGAUCUAUAUUGACCGAAUUGAGGUGGUGAAUGUGCUGGCACCAUACGCAGUUUAUGACAUUGUGAGGAAUUAUACUGCUGAUUAUGACAAGGCACUCAUCUUCAAUAAGAUCCAUCAUGAACUCAACCAGUUUUGCAGCAUCCAUACCCUGCAGGAGGUGUACAUUGAGCUCUUUGAUCAAAUUGAUGAAAACCUGAAGCUGGCACUACAACAGGACCUGAAUGCCAUGGCACCAGGCCUUACCAUCCAGGCCGUGCGUGUGACAAAGCCCAAAAUCCCUGAAGCAAUCAGAAGGAAUUUUGAACUUGUGGAAGCGGAGAAGACUAAACUCUUGAUAGCUACGCAGAAGCAGAAAGUCGUGGAAAAGGAGGCUGAAACGGAAAGGAGGAAAGCACUCAUAGAAGCAGAGAAGAUUGCUCAGGUGGCAAAGAUACAGUACCAGCAGAAGGUCAUGGAGACUUUGACAGAGAAACGAAUUUCUGAGCUCGAAGAUGCUGCUUAUUUAGCAAGAGAGAAAGCAAAGGCUGAUGCAGAAUACUACACUGCCCAAAAAGCAGCUGACUCAAAUAAGCUGAAACUCACACCAGCCUACCUGGAGCUGAUGAAAUACCAAGCAAUUGCUACUAACAGCAAGCUAUACUUUGGCAGUAGCCUCCCCACUAACUUGUUUCUAGGUUCUUGGGCUUUUGAACACAUGAUUGCAAGGACUGCUAAAGAAGCUCACCUUGUCUCAGAAACAGGGAAACACCACCUCAGGGCUCGAGAAAGUGCAACUUGAUGCUCACGCCAUGUAGCCUCCUUGAUCUGAACAUCUAAAUAAUCCACUGCCUCAAAAUCAGGGCAGUUAUUGUUCUCAGACUGCCUUAUUGAGAAACAGGAAAGGAAUCACAGGUUUUCUGCGGUAUAAACAUAGUUCUGCACUGAGUUUGUGUUAUUUUCCAUAGCCUGCUGGAAAGAGAAUCCAAAGGUGUUCUUGACUGUUUUUGACCAGAAGCUGGCUCCUGGGGGUUUCCAAGGAUUAAAGUAAUCCAAGUGCUAACAUAUAUCAUUAGAAAAGAAUUGGCAAUUAAAAUACCUGAAUCUGGCUAUUUGGCUCUUGCAGGGAGGUACUUGUUCCUACAUUGAAUACAACUGUAACAUAGGGACUGGUGUACUAGACCUUAAUGUCCUCAAUCACAAGUUUUACUGCUGGAGUUUGGAAGCUGAUGUCAUUAACCAAGAGCUUAGUCCCAUGACUUGGUGAGAUAAACUCAUGACUCCAGGGUAGUAUGUACCAAAAUUAGUUUUGGUACCUCUUGUUGGUAAAGUAAAAAAUAUUGAGAGUACUUCUUAGACUCUGGCUCCAACUCAAUUGUGUUCUUGCUGUGAAAACUUUGUUUCAGAAUUUACAAAUGUGUCUGAAGAAGAUACAUCUCAUGACUGGAAAGUAUCAUUUCAGAGUUUUUUUUU